AUGACCGCAAAGAAUGAGGUAGAAGAGGAGUACUUGAAAAGGCUUGAAAGGAAGUUGCAUAAGUUAACGGAGGCAGGCAAUCUGACCGGAAAGGAUAUUUUGGACCAACUGGCUGAACAUCGUAAUUGUCAAUUCGAAUCUUCUGAUUUUCCCACUUCAAACUUAUUUGGAGACAACCAGGUUGAUACAGUAAUUACUCCUUCAUACUUGCGCCUGAAAAUUGCUCCUCAGACAGCAGCACUUAGCAUGAUGUGGAAAGAGCAGUCAUUUAUUCCACUUCAAUUCUGCAACACUUACAGUUUACACCACGUUGAGGGCGGUCGUGGCAACGGAAUUUUAUGCACAACCACUGGCGGUGAGGCUGUUUGGAUUGAUGAUCCCGACCAUCCGGUUAAACUUUAUGAUAUUUUGAAUGAGAAAACUGCUCUCACUGAAACCCUGGAACUUAUUGCUGGUGAUUCAGCUAGUCACUGUGAGGACGAUUGUAUUGGCAUACUAGCCACAUGCUGGAUUGUAAAUGACGAAUUCUUCCUGCCACAGCGAUACUUUGGAGCGUUAUUUAAAAUAAAAAAGGACUCUUCUUUUACUCUAGGUUGGAAGGAUAGCUUGAAGACGAAACCUACUUUCACACGCGUUACUGAAGUAACACCUCUUGCUCAAAAUCGACGAUGCAUAUUAAUAUUUACAAAUGCAUGUUGUGUCAACUUAUUUACUAUUGAACAAAAGUCAGCAAAAGUUAGUGCCACAGAAAUCGUUGGAGAUAUAUUUCCAGGAUUAGAUCUUCAGGACCUUAGUGGUGCAACAAUUAGGACAUCAUGCUUACAUACAGAGAAGUAUCGGUGGUCAGGACUGGGAUCAGAAACUGGAACUGUUAUCAUUACUGCGCUUUUAAAAUCUAGAAAUGAUAUUGUAUGCAGAGCGAAGUUAAAGUUUGAAGGUGUAAUAUCUGUCCUUCAAGUAUUGAAGCCAUUUGACAAAGAGGAUAAAGUGCUUUUUUUAAUUUCAUCUAUGAUUGGGCCUCCAACAAUAUGGACAAUAGCGACGAGGGAAGAGGAUACUGAGAUACGCAGAACAUCAGAACUGCUGGGUUGUGUUGGCCAUGACGCAAUUAUAUGUUCGGGUUUUAGUAAAAACGUCCUCGCGAUUGGGACAUAUGCCGGGAGACUUAUCUUCUUUCGUCGUCAAGACGUGCUAGAAGGUGAAGAAAAGGUGUAUCCAUGCUCUUCGAUCGACUACACAGCAGCCAUCCUUGCUCUCCGCUUUCUCUCAGACCAUAAAUUGAUAAUCCUGUCGAAGAACGGCGUCCACACUGUAUGGGUCGACAUCAAAAAACUUUGUGAGCAGGGACAACAGAAGCAGCUUCCCGGAAGUCAUGGUACUGAGAAGUUAUACAGGGACUCACUGACACAGAGGCAGCAUCCACUCCGAGCCUUAGGGAAUAAGUCCUCCCCACGGUAA